AUGCCUUCCGUCGAAGGUGAAGAAAAUGGCGAGGAGGAGGUAGACAGAAGUCCUAAUGAGGACGAAAACAUGAGUGAAGACGAGGAUGAAGAGAGUAGCUUGAGCUCGGACGAGUCAUCCUCCGAGUCGAGCAGUUAGUGUUUUCAAUUAUUUUCCGCGCUUUUUUUUUCGUCUCAUAAUUUCGUCCGCCUUCCUGUUAGUUUUAGUAUGGUCUUAAUGAUUCCUUUUUAUUUAGUUGACGAGACAGAGAAUGAGAGAAGAAGAAAUGAGUGUCUGAACGAUAUGGCUGACUUGGAAAGACAGUUUAGCGACCUCAAAGAGCAGUUAGUAUAAACAGAAGUUUUCAUAUAAAUCUCAUACUUUAAUCCAUUCUGUUAGGCGAUAUGCAAUUUUCUUCUUCAAUUUACCAUUUUUGUUUUCAGGCUUUACCGAGAGCGUAUUAGCCAAGUUGAAAAGAAGCUAAACGAAGUGACUGCAGGCAAGUGCAGAAUGUAAAUUUAAUUUUCUCUAGGGUGGGCAGGGGUAGGCGGCUGUUAAGUCAUUCAGUCCCCUGAACUUGCUUUCCCUGUGUGUGUGUGUGUGUGUGUGUGUGUGUGUGUUGGGGGGUGGGGGGGGUGGGUGGGUGAGUGGGGGGUGUUGUGGGUACUUAACAAAGAUCUUUAUGGGAAAGCUCCACCCCAACGUCCAUCCCCUUACCAGGAUUUUCAAUAAGACCUGGCUGGCGGCAAAUUCGCUAUUCAAUUUAUCCUCUUGAUUAGCCUUGACAAUAACCACAAGAUUUGGGCGGAUAUCUUCUAUUAUGUCAACAAUAGAUGCAAUGAUAGUAUGCUUAACACUUAAAUAAAGUUUUACUACUACUACUACUACUACUACUACUACUACUACUACCACUACUACUAAUAAUAUUACUAAUAAGUCAAAAUCAAUGGUGUCAAUCAUUUGGCUGGUUUGUAGUAGAUAUCCCUGCAGUUAUGUUGGUUUAUAUGUCCCUCUGCUAGGAAUUAAACUUUUUUCAAUAACAAGCAGAGCUUGAUUAAUAAUUCCUGUCAUAAUUUGUCUCUUAUUACAGAAUGUGCUAUGGAGUAUACAGGACCUGUAAAUGAGCUAAAGGAAAUGUGUGAGAUAAGAAUAGAAGUGGCAGGGAUUUUGCGUGACUGCAGGGUAAGUUAUAACUUACUUCCUUGUUCAAAACACAAUUGACAUUUCUCCUAGAUAAGUUACAUUAGUCAUGUGAAGGCAGCUAUUUUAUCCUAUUGUGCUGUCACCAAAUCAGUAUACUGCACUAGAUACAUGUAAAUUUUAAAUGCUGUGUUAAAAUAUUUUUACAUUUUAACCCUUUAAGCCCCAAUAUCCACAAACAAAUUCUCCAAACUGAUUUCCGAUCUCUAUACAUUUCCUUAUUGAAUUAGUUGGGAGAAAUUGAUAAAAGAUCAGAGAUUUUUCUCUUUGUGAUCAUUUGAUUAAUUCUCAUAGAUGUUGCACUUGACAAUCUAUGGAUAUUGUUAGGAGAAAAUUGAUGUUGGUCGCUAUUGGGACUUGAAGGGUUAAAUGGCAUUGUUAUGUUGUGGAUCACUGAAAUUUAGUGAACAUACCCACUGUAGAUAGAGAUGGAUUCUUUUCUCUGAAACAUUGUGUUAUUGAUUUUUCUUUUUCAACAAGCUGUUUGAAAUAUUAUUGUUGUUUCAGUUAGGGAAUGUGAAACACAAAUAUGACGCAGAUGAACAAGCAGCCAUUCAGCACUUUGAGGUGAGUCAAGUUUACAAAAUAAGUUUCAUCAAGAUCUCAUGUUGCUCUCCUUUGUAGUGGUACACCAUUCUAAAAAGCCCAUGGUUGGGUACUGGUCCCUUUAUGAUGGAAACACUACACUAAUAAUUUAAUGAGGUUCUCUGCAAAGAAAGUUCCCUCCUAAUUACUUAUCUAUUUGCUUUCUUAUUGCAGAGUGAAAAGCUGGCUCUAAUGGAAAGUAUGAAGCAAGAACUAGAGGAAAAAAUAAGGAAGUUAGAAGAAGAUAAACAAAAUAUGGACAUAUCAGCUGGUAAUGUUAUACAUAACAUUUGAAGGAUUGCACUUGUAUCCCUAAUGAUCAGAGUGGUUCUCAAAUACCAACAUGCUCACUUUCUUCUAGUUAAUCACCGUCGAGAUAGUUUAGAAUAAUAAAGUCAGCACACCUUUUUACACAACCCUAUAAGUAGUUUGAAAUAAUUAUUAUUUGAUGUUUUUUUUAUAGAUAUAUGGCUUGAGUCACAGUCACUGAACAAGAAACACAGAAAAUCAUCCGAUGGAUCAAUGAUUUCCGAUAAAAGAAGGAAGCCGGUCACAGUUACAGAUAUCCUUUUUAACUCGUGGGUACGCGCAAGCGUACCACGAGUUAUUGCAGGGACUGAGAUAUGCAAAUGAGUCACUCACUCACUCGUAGUAGACGCACUUCGUAAUUAAUCGGGUCCGAACUCGAGAGCGCGAAGAUCUAUCGUUUCCAAAGAAGCACGCGCUCGCCGAAGUUCGGUAGCAUCAAAUUCCUCGCUGCGAGCGUGCAUCAUACGCUACAGCACGGUUAGGAUAGAGGUCUUACAAAAUUUAAGACAGGCAGGAAUCUUUCAAAUUUGUACGAUUCAAAAGCCUUUGACCCGUCCAGGAGUUAAACUUGACAAGAAGAUGAGCAUUUGCUCUUCGACUCCUUCAACUUCGACGCUGGCUUGAUCUCCUACCUUGUAGUAAUGUAGUAGGUUAUGUGAAUGAAUGAAUUUUUGGCGGUCAGUAUAAAACAUGGACUGCGGACUACGGACUGCGGUCUGGGUAUAAAAUGCGGACUAUAAAAUACGGACUGGUGAAAUGUAUGGUAAAGAAAGGCACUUCUUCUUCUUCUUCUUCUUCUUCUUCUUCGAGAUAAGGAAACAUAAGCUAAUGUUUUGCGUCCUACUUCGCGGAGGAGUUGUGUCGGCUUUGUAUCGCAUAUGUUCUUUCGAUUCAUUGCCAUGAAAUGCGUUUACAUUUUUAUUGUUUUUUACUGUCAGUAGCCUGAUUUCAAUUAGCCUUAAUUUCAUCCCAUUGCUUCGAGUCGUUUUUAUGGCUCGAUCGUUUGCCGGCGGAAGUUCCAUGGAAAAGGCAUUAAAUCUGAGACUUUUCGCUAAAUCACGUGACCAUCCUCAAUGGCGUAGUGGCUGUGUGAAGUCGGGUCAAACCGAAGGUACCGGGUUCAAAUCCUGCUAAGACCUUCUUUUUCCCUUCUUCCUUUUUUUUUUUUCUUUUUUGUUUUGUCUUGUUUGCUUAUCUUGUUUUGCUGUUUUUUUUUGUUUUGUUUUUAAAUAUAUACUUAAAUAACUGUUACUAAAGUGCAAUAAACAGCAAAAAAAGUAUUGUGUUUCCAGAACAAGGAUAGUAUAUUUAUAAUGGGUUAUUCCAGAAAAAAUCCACACCCCCCCGACGGAUGGGGUCCUUUUUUAACCCCCCCUCUCACCUGGAUUUCCUGAAGCACAAGACCCCCCCUCCCAACUGGAUUUCCAAGGUGGAAGACCCCCCCCCCCUUCCGCCUGGAUUUCCGGGAAAAAAUAAAAGGCUUAAAUUUAAUUUAUUUUUAAUGGAAAAUACACGCAAACACGUCUAAAUGUUUUUGUUUUAAUUUCUAAAGCUUCAGCUUAUAUUAAACUAAGAAUUCUAUCGCGUGGAACUAAAAGCGAAAGGAGCAAAAAAACAAAAAUGCGAACGACACCUGAACGCAGUGUUUACAUAAUUUCUUAGCUUAUAAAAAUCACUCUUCGCUCUUGGCUCUUGGGGCUUUGGGCACGCAGUAGAAAUGUGUCAGGCGUUUGACGCUCUUCGUGACAACAACGUUGCGACGAGUUCCUUCAGGCCCGUUCUUUAGUAUCUUGUUCACGUUUUCUGCUAUAAAAGGACCUGUAAAGCAACUUAGAUUAUCAUUUAUGUCAGGUGAGAAAUAUAUGAACAAAACAUUUUGACUAUUUUCAGGGUCUGAAAGCUCUUAAGUGUCAUCGAACUAAACGUUUGAUUUGUAUCAACUAUCGGUCGAAAUGACCCCUGCAGAAGACUUUUUUAAGGUCAACCCCCCCUCCCGCCUGGAUUUCCGGAGUCUUUGACCCCCCCUCCCACGAGAAUUUCCAGAAUCCCAUCCGUCGGGGGGGUGUGGAUUUUUUCUGGAACAACCCAAUAUGAAUUUCUAUCAUUUCCUAAAAUUCACUGUGGGAAAACCAGAGGUGAUAGCUAAUUGAUUACUUUCUAAACAACGUACCCACGAGUUGACGAUAGUCUUUCUUUGAUUCUAUAAUAUUUGCUGUUUAUUCCUUGAAGUUACUGUAUAAUAUGCACAUCUGUUCCUUACCAUUUACUACACUCCAAAUGACAUUGUUUUCUGAGGUAUGAAACUGAUACAUGUAGGUUGGUCCCAAAUCUUUUAUGCAAGACACACUGUGCAUACUACAUGAUGUACUAUAUUCCCGACUUCUCUUUGUGCAGCUCCCUGGUGUUGUCAGCUUUCAGGUUGUGACAUGUGAUAAACAAAAAAAAAGAGUAUGUGGUAACAUAUUUCCUUGACCAUGUGUAAGUCCAUAUAUUGUUUAUAUGUUAAGAGAAAUGGACAUUCUUGAAGACUGGGCAGCUAUCAGAAAGGUAUAUGUGUAGUUGCAUCAAUUUAAUCACCAGUUUUAGGUUUAAAAAACUAAAAUUAAUUACAAACAAUUUCUUUGUUUUUACUUCUCCAUAGGCCAAAGGAGCUUUGGCAAGAAGAAGGCAAAAUAGUGAGACAUUGUUAAAUUAUUGGUUCAAAUGUCAUAGCUGUUCCGUCUUCAAUCUUGCCAAGAAAAAAUUGUUGGAAAUUGUGCUGGAGGGGGUGAUUCAAACCCAAGCCUUGGGACCCUUUUGUCCCCCUAUAUGAUCACUGGGAUGAAACUGUAACACAGUUAAUCCUAUGUUCUCCUUUCUUGUUUUAGCUCUCUCAUUUCCCUAAAUACUAUAAUGGUAUUAUUAUUAUUUAUAGUGUUAUAAUUUUUCUUUUGUUUUUGUGUCUGCAGGUGGUUGCCAAUUAGAGAAUAGUCCGUUUAGUGCAAGAUAUGAAGAUGGAAAACUGUAUUAUGAAGGAGAGUGGUAUGUGGCCUAAAGUGAACUGUUAUUUACCAAGAGCUGAAUGCAUAAUUUUAGUCGAGCUUAAUAAUAAUUAUUAGUGUCAGCAAUGUCUUUCUAGUCUUUCAAAAUAAGAGACUGAGUACAAUAUAUCACUGCAAAAUAGAGAAAAUGCAUUAAUCUAGAGUGUUUUGUUUCACUUUUGUCUCGAAAGGUUCCACAAAGGUGAUCAUAUACUGAUAGAAAGCAGAAAUGAUACCCACUCCAGGUUUGUAAGAAAUUAAAUGUUACUAUCUUAUCAGCUGUGAGUCAGCUGUGGAAAGUCUUUUCUUCAUUUUUACUUGUUAGCAGUUUCAAGUACAAUAUUUGCUGUUGUCAUUGUUACUGAUUAGUUAAGACAAAGUAUAGCUAAGAAGGUUUAUUGAACAGAACUUCAUUUUUAUCAAAUUUACAUUUUUUUGAUGAGCCUCUAUCUUUAUUUCCUGUUUUGAUUUGCUGCAACUUGAGAUCAUAUUAGUUGAGUAAACUGCAGUACUUUCUGUGCUUGUUGCAGAAUUUUUUUGUGCAUGUACUUGACAAUGUAAUAAUAUUUAUAAAUUCAUUUUUUUUCAGGUUUGGGUAAUCUUUAUUCCACGAUAAUUAUUAUAAAUUCUGUUUUGAAAUUUUAAGAGUUCUGGGUAAAGAUUCUUGCAGUUUUCCUAGACUGGUAUCAUCACACUUGUCAAAAACAUAAAUUAUUUUAUGAACAUUUUUAUUAUAUUUCAGUGCUUUUGUAACUGGAAUCAACACUGGUGAGGUAGGUUUUUUUUCCCUUUGUUUGUCACUCAGUAACAAUGUGCUGGUGUAGUCAGUAGGUGAUUCAAAUUUAAUGCAUCAGUCAAUUGUUGCUUUUGAGUAAUAUUGGACAUACACACACUAGUUAUGUUCCUGUUAUCAUUGAUGACAUAUAAACUGAUAAAGGGAGAGUCAAUUUAUAUCUUCACUUUUAAAUAAUGGACUAGUCUGGGACUGACUGUCCGACUGAAACAUUUUGAUUCACUUUUUUUCAGGUUUGGGUAAGAAAAGGAGAUGGAUCUAAAACAAAGUUGUAUAUAGGCCAGCUACAGAAGGGAAAAUACAAGAUCAGAAAGACAUGA